CUCCUCGUUCCGUCUCGUGCCCCGCCGACUCGCUGGUUUAGCAGGACCAUCUCCAACUUUCGCCUCUGACGUUUCACCCCGACAAAUUCAAGACAGCACCAUGGCCGACGCGCAGAAGCAUCUCCAAGGGCUCACCGAGGAGUACCAGAAGCUGCAGACCGAACUCGAAGGCCUGAUUGACGCUCGCCAGAAACUUGAAUCACAACAGCAGGAGAAUAAGGGUGUGCAAGACGAAUUUGCCUCCCUCGAUGGCGAUGCGAAUAUUUACAAACUUGUCGGCCCUGUCCUGUUGAAGCAAGACAAGAGUGAGGCUAUGAUGGCCGUCAACGGUCGACUUGAUUUCAUUGAGAAAGAGAUCAAGCGGAUCGAAGACCAGAUCCAGGAGAGCCAAGAGAAAUCGGACAAAAAGCGAACUGAGAUUGUCCAAUUCCAAACCCAGGUUCAGCAGCAGCAAGCUGCGGCUACCGCUUCGGCCUAAAUGUGGCUGAAUGAUAUAUCAAGGAAAUGGAGAUCGAACCCAGUACCCAGAUCUAGCCCGCAAGCUGUUGGGGUUUUUUAUUAUACAGCUAACAACAUCGCUAUCUCUUCAUGCGAUUGCUAGAGAGCACCCGACGGCGCGUUCUCCCAAAAUGGAGGCAGAAGAGCGCGCAUUCAAGGAAUCGCUAUCCAGUCAUUCUCCAGAUCUUGACUGAGUAUAAACCGACUGACAGGUUCUUGUACAAGUCUUCUGGAGGUGCAUUGAAACAGUCAUAAUGCUUCAAUAGUGGAUGAUUUGCUUGAGGAAUGGCAGGAACUGUACUCUCAUAUUAUCUUAUAUUAGAGAGAGAAUAAUAGAAGAUAUAAAUAUUGAAAUAUGUAUCUUUUAUAAGCUAGACUGAUGGUUUACUAUCUAAUCCCUUUUCUUG